UGUUUUGUUUUUUCAAAACUUAUAAAAUAGAUGAACCAAGGUUUCCGUUUGAAAGAUGGUAUACCUAUCUAGUUUUUAUAAAAGCUUAUAACACAUUUAAGGAUUUUCUAUAAUAUGUUAAUAUAGGUCAUCAAGUGAUGAAAUUCUCUCUUAUUCCCUCAUCCCUUUCCAUGUUUCAUUGUCUCACCUAUUUUACAUAGGUGGUACACACAAUUGAGCAAAAAUUUCUUGAAUAUUUGCCAAUUGUUAGAGAGGGAGAAUCAUCCAGGUGGGGUAGAGAUUGGGGGGAAAUGGUGAAGUUAAGACAUUAACUAUAUACCAGAAUUACCAGCAUGGUAAACAUUUUUUAAAUGAUAUGGAGAACUUAUGUUCUAUUCAGCUAUCAUAAGGCUGUCGUUCAGUUCCAUUGCCACAGGAUUUAUUUGAGCCUCUUUGAGAUAUUAAUCAAUCAGUCAUUUACUAAGUAUCUACUAUGUUCCAGACACUGUGUUAAGUUCUGAAUCUGAAACAGAGGAAGAUCCAGAGACAAAUGGUACCUCAGUCAUAGGUUCAAUCUACUGGGGAUGGGAAAGAGCAAGACAAGCAUGAAAGCCAUACGUAACAUGGCCAAUGUCAUGAGAGAGGUAAAGACUCUUAAUGAUCAGUCAACUGCAGGAUUUCACCCAAGGCUGGGGAUUCCAGACAACAGUCAAAGGAACAAGGGAGAAGGCACCCCCACACAUACACUUUUUAUGGGGUAGGAGUUUUAACAACUCUUACAGGAUGUUAGGGACAAGUAGUGAGAUGGAAGUAAAAACGAUUCAAUUUAAAAUUCAAAUGAGUGCACUUACUAGGAAAUCCCAUACAGCCAUAAUCUGUUUGUAAGGUGACUGACAUAUAAAGUGCUUUUUUUUCAAGUAAAAAAAAAAAAAAGAAGAAGAAGAAGAAGGAGAAGUCGGUAUAGAGUUUCGGGUAUAAAUGUCAGGUGCAACGUAAUGUGUGCUCACUCAAAAAGUCAAGCAGAUAACCUUGACAUUCAGGACAUCACCUUUUACAACAUGAAAUUGUAUUUUGUUGUGUGUGUGUGUGUGCGCGCGCGCACACGCGCGCAUGUGUGUAUUUCAAAAAAGGACUACAUUAAGAGGUCACCUAUUAGCUGUGUUUUUGCUGUCUGAAACCCAGCCCUCCUGUCUAUUAAAAUCAAACCACUGUGUAAACAUUCCGGGGUCGUUCGUUCUUGGGCUCCACAAGGACCGAGGGGGAUCAGGUUUCACCUGCCUGCACAUCUUCCAGAAAUUAGAGCAAUUAGCAUGAAGCCAUUUCACAUUCAAGGUCUACGGUGACAUUCAAGUCCAGAAGAAAUCUGAGAGGGAAGGGAGAGACAGUGGUGCGCUGGGACUACUGGCAAUGGCCACUCACCAGUGGUCUGCUUUUGAAAAACUAUUACCAUUUGAGGAUAUGACUGGGAGGCUUUCAUUUGCUAUCCAAAGUUGCUAUUUCCCAGGGGGUGGGGGGUGGGGGGGAACCAGCAAACAUUUCAUUUCAGUAAUUGAGCUCUGUAUAUACAUGACAUGUAAAUGCAAACCUGGUUUUUAAACGGUCCCAUGAAACAAAGUGAUGUUAAUCACCUUACCCACAUGUUGGUGACAACAUCUUCUCUAUAUCCAGAAAUAAUGUGUUUUCUAAUUUAUAUGGGAAUUUAUAUUCAGUGUUUACAUAGUAAAUCUCACCAGUUCAGGUAAAUGUAUCCAUUACAGUGACAUCCUGUAUUUAGUUUGGGGAUUCUCGCAGCAAGUCUUUGAAGGCUGCUAUUUCUUAAAAGGUUGGCACAGAUUAGUGUUGACCUUAACAGAUUAAACUAGUACAGUGUAAAGAUAAAUAAUCAGCCUUUAGCACAUUAGAUAGCUGCAUAAGCAUGACAGAAGGUGACUUUCUACAGCAGUUUUUCAAAUCCAGUCUGCAUUUUUACAUUUGUAACUUAGCUACACAGGAACCUGUGUUUUGCAGAAAGCAAACCCUAAACUGAUUACAACUCUUUAAAUUGGUUAAUACAUUUUUAAAUCCACAUUUUUCCUGUUGGUUUAUUAUGCAGGGGGAAAAAAAGGGCUAAUUUUAAAAGCCAUGCCUGCUGUAAAAGAAGAUCUUGCUUUGGUGUCCCAGAGGGUGUCCUUAAUCAGAAAUAACCCGCAGGCGAAAUUAUAAUGUGGAAUUCUGCUGCCCUUUAACCUAACACUGCCUGUUCAUUCAGUGUUUGUUAACAAACAGCUCUAAGUACAAAAUUGUUUGAGAAUUACUUUUUCAUUAUAUGUACUGACUUUAAUUAAAAUAAGAGGCUUAUUUUUAAAUGAAAAAUGUAUGCAUUCUCUUAGAAAGUUUUCCUGAUUAUUCCUUUACAAAUUACCCCAGUCAGCAUUAAAAAAAAAAAAAAAAAACAGCCACUGGAUGUUGGAUGCAGAUCAGUGGGACUAAAAUCAUCUCAUGAGCUAGUUCUUUCUCUUUUUUUGAGGGAGAGGGUAGAGCUUUAAUGUCCAUCUAACAACUAGUCAUUUUAGAGAAUUGAGCUUUUUUAACGUUCUCCUCUCUUCCCUCAUCUACAGUCUAAAACUACUUAGAAACCUCAGGAUGAGAGAUGCUCUUUUUCCUGAAUGCUUCUUUCCCAUAGUGCCCUGAGUGUUAUUCCUUUGGAUACUUCAUUAAAACUAGCAGAGACAGGUGAUGGUAAUAAAUUGCAGUAUUGGGGGUGCUAAGCAAGGUAAGGCACUACCCUUUCAUUUUCUUGGAAACACUUGAUGGAAGGGGGUUGUUAACAAAUUAAUUGAAUUGCUUAUAAUUGGAAGAGCUGAGUUUGAGUGGAACAUUUGCAUUGGAUCUCCUUCUCCUCCUCCUCCCCACCUUCUCUCCCCCCCCCCAAGUUUACAUGCUGAAGCGGAAACCUUGUGGUACUCGGAAUGAAGGGGAUGCCUCCUCUGUAAAGCAGAUAUUUCCUAUUUUUUCCCUCUCGCCUAGUCUUCUGUUUCUAUGAUCUGCCUUUUGAACUGUUUUUGUGGCUGAUCAGUUCCACCUAAUAUGUCUCUUGAUUUCUGCUAUUGUAAUACUCAGACGACAUGCUGUUCUCUUCAUUUUUAUAAGCUUUAGAUGCUCCUGCCUGUCAUACUCUGGCGGUUUAUCUUCAGCGUCUGGAUUUGCUUUCAGACUUGAAUGUCUAUCAAGCUGCUGUUGCUUUGAAUGUGAGAUCAAAAGAAGAUGAAUUCCAGUAAAAAAAUUUCCUUCUAUGAAGAAAAGAUUGGGGCCUGUGUAAACAUCCCACUGACAGCUCCCAAUGAGUUAUUUUAGCAGAGCAUUAGCACCCAGAAUGACAGACAGUCCAAGACUCCAUGCUAAAUAACAAAUCAGUCCCUUCAGUGGCAGCCGCACGUUAGUUACCACAACAGCAGUACAUUUUUCUACAGGGAUCCUGGUUCUCUUCCCCCCACCCCCCACUCCCUCCAUACCCACCAGCCUCCCUUGACUAUGGCUGGUCGACUGUUCAUAUUCUUCCAAGCUGCCUUUCUGAGCCUGUGCUAGCCUCCUUUAGUGUCUCGGGUAUGUCAUCACCCAUGUGACAGAAGAUAGGACUUUAAUAAUUAGUUUGGGGUGGGGAAAGCAGGGCCCAAGGAGGGGAGCCAGUCACCUCAAGAUAAAUAGAUACUUUGGUUUGCUGACUAGAAGGAAAAAUCAGCAAGGAUUUUUUUUUUUUUUUUUUAAGAUCAGAUGGAAGAGCAAAUGUAUCUACCCAAAAUACAGAGAUGCAUGUGUUCUUUAAGGAGCACAUGGGAUACAGAGCCACUAAACUCCGCAGCAUCUUUAUAAUAAUAACACAUUCAAGAAAUCGCACUUUUCCCGUGUCGACACCCUGCCCCAAAUGUUUGGGAACGCAGGUUCCCUGAGACUCGGAAGGUGUGUGUCUGUCUGCAGAAGUAAGCCGGCCGUCGUAUUUGGCUGCUGUUUGUCUGUUGGUCCAGUUAAGGCAUAAUUAGUUAGGUAUGUUGCUGCUUGUCGACCUGAAGUGAUUUCGAUAUGUGCCGAAUUAGAAUUAAUAGAUUUCUUUAAGUGCUCGAUGCCACUUUGAAAUUACCUGCCAGCUCCAACUGCUCUUUCAACUUUGAAAGAGGAGAAUUACUUGAAGGAUUCUUGUGGUUUCUUUGUCAUUUCGAAGGCAUUGCUACUGUGGAGGCAAGCCUCUUGUUGGCUAGAAAGGGCAAUGUUCCAGGGUGUUUUUACUUCAGUGUAUGCUCCAGCAGCCCGGCACUUCCUGUUUAUUCAAACAUCUUUUUACCAUUCUCCAACCCCCGCUUCACAGAAAGAGCCAGAACACAUCUACAGCAAGAAGACGGAAAUCUAACAACAGUCAGAGCUCACCCCGUCAAAGUCUUCAUUUUCUCUGCUCUUCAGGUGGCAAGACAGCUUCUUCUACAACAGCAACAAGUUAGUGGACUAAAGUCCCCCAAGAGGAAUGACAAACAGCCAGCUCUUCAGGUUCCUGUGUCAGUGGCUAUGAUGACACCUCAAGUUAUCACUCCCCAGCAAAUGCAGCAGAUCCUCCAGCAACAAGUGCUCACCCCUCAGCAGCUCCAGGUCCUGCUUCAGCAACAGCAGGCACUCAUGCUUCAACAGCAGCAGCUUCAAGAGUUUUACAAAAAACAACAGGAACAGUUACAGCUCCAACUUUUACAACAACAACAUGCUGGAAAACAGCCUAAAGAGCCACAGCAACAGCAGGUGGCAGCUACCCAGCAGUUGGCCUUUCAACAACAGCUCUUACAGAUGCAACAGUUACAGCAACAACACCUCCUGUCCUUGCAACGUCAGGGUCUGCUAACCAUUCAGCCUGGACAGCCUGCCCUUCCCCUCCAACCUCUUGCGCAAGGCAUGAUUCCAGCCGAACUGCAGCAGCUCUGGAAAGAAGUGACAAGCUCGCAUCCAGCGGAAGAAACCCCGAGCAACAACCAUAGCAGCUUGGAUCUGUCUUCCACAUGUGUCACCACUUCCUCUGCACCUUCCAAGACCUCCUUAAUAAUGAACCCCCAUGCCUCCACAAAUGGACAGCUAGCAACAGUCCAUACUCCUAAAAGAGAAAGUUUAUCCCAUGAAGAUCAUCCCCAUAGCCACCCACUCUACGGACAUGGUGUAUGCAAGUGGCCAGGCUGUGAAGCAGUGUGUGAAGAUUUCCAAUCAUUUCUAAAACAUCUCAACAAUGAGCAUGCGCUGGACGAUAGAAGUACAGCUCAAUGUAGAGUACAGAUGCAGGUUGUACAGCAGUUAGAACUCCAGCUUGCAAAAGACAAAGAGCGCCUACAAGCGAUGAUGACCCAUCUCCAUGUAAAGUCAACUGAACCCAAAGCCACCCCUCAGCCUUUGAAUCUGGUUUCAAGCGUCACACUCUCCAAAACCGCAUCGGAGGCUUCUCCACAGAGCUUACCUCAUACUCCUACUACCCCUACAACACCCAUCACUCCUGUCACCCAAGGACCUUCUGUCAUCACUACCACCAGCAUGCACAAUGUGGGACCCAUCAGAAGGCGGUACUCAGAUAAAUACAAUGUGCCCAUUUCUUCAGCAGACAUUGCGCAGAACCAAGAAUUUUAUAAGAACGCAGAAGUUAGACCACCCUUUACAUAUGCAUCUUUAAUUAGGCAGGCUAUUCUUGAAUCUCCAGAAAAGCAACUAACCCUAAAUGAAAUUUAUAACUGGUUCACGCGAAUGUUUGCUUACUUCCGGCGCAAUGCAGCAACGUGGAAGAAUGCAGUGCGUCAUAAUCUUAGUCUUCACAAGUGUUUUGUGCGAGUAGAAAACGUUAAAGGGGCAGUAUGGACAGUGGAUGAAGUAGAGUUCCAAAAACGAAGGCCACAAAAGAUCAGUGGUAACCCUUCUCUUAUUAAAAAUAUACAGAGCAGCCACGCCUACUGUACACCUCUCAAUGCUGCUUUACAGGCUUCAAUGGCUGAAAAUAGUAUACCUCUCUACACUACUGCUUCCAUGGGAAAUCCCACUCUGGGCAAUUUAGCCAGUGCGAUGAGGGAAGAACUGAAUGGUGCGAUGGAGCAUACAAACAGUAAUGAGAGCGACAGUAGCCCGGGCCGUUCCCCUAUGCAAGCAAUGCACCCUGUGCAUGUCAAAGAGGAACCUUUAGAUCCAGACGAGAAUGAAGGUCCACUCUCCUUAGUGACAACAGCCAACCACAGUCCAGAUUUUGACCAUGACAGAGAUUAUGAAGAUGAACCUGUAAAUGAGGACAUGGAGUGAAUGUCUGAUAUCUUUAUCCUGAGAAAUGAAGAUUGGGAAAAAAACAAAACAAAACAAAAACAAAACACGUCAAAGUCUGCUGUGAAGUCUCUCCAUUAUUGUACAGUCUGGGGGAUUUUCACUCCAUUUUGACAACUCUGAAAUGUGUUAACUCUUAGUGCCAUCAAGUAUCCCAUUUGGGAGUAUUUUUGAUUUUUCUACUUUUUGUUGAAAAAAGGAAUUUGUACUCUGUGCAUUGGAUGGACUUGUUUGGUACUUGGGAUUUUCCUCUCUUACAGUCAACAUCAGUGUUGUAAAUUUGCUAAACUGAUUCACUUAACAUUUAGCAGCAGACUUUGGACUGCAGUCCUGCCAAUCACAGACACUGAGGACGUCAGACUGAGCAUGUUCACCUAAACUGCAGAUCAAGCCUUUGCCCAGAUUUUAAGGAUUCCAAUGGACCACAUAUUUGCACAGUACUUACUGCAUGCUGAUUAUCACUGCCUUUACUCCAAUUUUUUUUUUUUUUUGCUUCCAUUUGGGAUGGGGAAGGCCUCUGUGUGUGUAUUGGGGGGUGGGGUUAAAGAAUAAUUAUCCCAAACUUUUUAAUGUAUUGCUUUUUUUUUUUUUUUUUUUUUUUUUUUUUGGCUUCUACUAUAUCAUUUUAAGUUCUGACCUCAGGCCUCAAUUUGGGCCCAGGGCCUCUUUGAGGCUUUAAUGUUUUCUGUACUCUGUGAUGAAUGUUAAUAGGUGUUUUUAUUAUACAAAGCUGAAUGUCAUUUUCUUGUUUGUAGUUUUCUGUCAUUCAUUCCAGUUUCCUUCAGCUAGCACCCAUGUUUUCUUUAAAUUCAGAAAACAUUCCGUUUUGGUCUUUGCAAGAAGGUCCCAAAUGCUGCACUCUAUCCCAAUGAAGGUUGUCCAACUCCAAAGGAUGAAAUCCUGCAAGAAUGAGAAUGAAUGACAGACAGACAGACAGAGAAACACUGUAGAAAGCAACGCAGAUUCAUUCCACAAAGCAGUAUUUGGGAAUUUUGUCUUAGGGUUGUUUUCUUGGCAGCCACAGUGAUCGAUAAUAAAUGCCACCUCAUCUGUAACAUCGUCAGGAUAUUUAGCACCAGUUGAAUUCAGUAGCAGCUCGUAUCAUUCAAUCCAAAAACCUUUAUCAAGAGCCUACUAUGUGUCAGGCACUGUGCUAGACGCUGGGGGCGCAGACAAAUGAGAGUGCAGUGGCAGACACUCCCUUGUUUGACCCAAGUUUGGAUGGACCAACAGCUCUCGGAAGUAGUCAUAAGGAUCUGUGUAGGUUACCCACAAGGGUUACUUUGUCUACAAAGUGGUGACAAAGUCAUGGACUUAAGAAAAUACCAUUCCUGAAAGUAGUGGUGUUGUAACUUAAUUUAGGCAUCCAUCCAUUAAGGACUGCUUGGUGGCAUUAAUCUGCUUGAAUGCAAAUUUGAUUUCAGAUUGAACUUGUUAUGGCAAUUGUUAAGGACUGAGCCCAGGAAAUGUUCAAGUGUUAAUGAUUCCAAUUGUGCAAAUUCCGUACUGCGGUUUUUGUUGGUUCGGCAAUGUUCUUCUGCCGACUUGUAUCACACACUCAGAGUGAGAGGAACGGCAGCAGUCUCAGGACUGAAGCUUGCCUUUGGGAGCUCAGCAGUUAUCAUGCACGGCGCGGAGAGAAAGCUGGAAUUCUCCGUCAGUCCCCUCAGUCACAAAACACCUGAGCAUGUUCAUUCUGCAACCACUGUUGUCACUCAGUUAUUUAUGUAGGAUGGUAGCUUAUUUUUUAUUUUAGUUUGAAAGCCUUUCAGAGCUUAAUUUAUAUUCUCCUUUGUACUUUUUUUCUAAAAUUACCAAAGAUAUUACACAAAGGUAAAUUAUGUUCUCUGUUAUAUGCUUUAUCUUAUGAAGCCAAAUAUCCUCUUAUUGUUGAUCAAAGGAGGUGAAAGAAUUUAGUGGGAAAUGACAAGCUAUGGGCUAUUGCUAACCUGAGAGAGAACUGCUCCUUUAUUCUAUAAUAAAUUUAGAAGGCCAAGUAGGUAAUGGAACCAAAGUUGUUGCUUUUUUUUAUUAUUAUUAUUAUUAUUUUGUGCACCUCUACAGUGACUGAAGCUCACUACUGUAAGGAAAAAUUAUGGGGGCUAUCGAGGAUCAAAGUAGGGAACCAGUAUUAAAAGGAACGACAGAAGGGGAGAACUCCCAUGACAAAGGAAAAAAAAAAAAAGUGAAUGUAUGUUGCAGAAAAUUAGUGUAUCCAAUAAAGGAGGCAGUUAAAUAAAAUUCAGAGAGAACAAGUAAAGCUUCCAUGAUUGAACUGGGACAUAUACUAGAUUUUCUAGGGGAAAAAAUGUUUGUUUGACAGAUUGUAUGCCACUUUUUUUUUUCUUUAAGGAUUGUGCUCUGAUCACAUCUUGAAUUUUGGGUUAUCUUGGCAUAAUUUCUCAGUUUUUGUUGGUUAGGUUUUAUUCAUCAUUUUUCCACAAUGAAAUUACACUCCUGUCCACUCAUAAGCUUGGUACAAAAAACCCAGAAACUUGAUUGGCAGUCUUUGGAGCUCCAUCCACUCUGCUUCCCACCAUACAAAGGGCAGUCUGUGGUCAUUUUAAACUUAGCCUGAUGUGCGGGCAGUAGCCCGAUGGGAUCAUGAGAAGUGGGCCCUGUGUUUCUAAACUGAGUGGGUUGCUGGCUAGUUCGGUAUUCAAAAGAGGAUAAAAAUCUGGUAGAUUAGUUCAUUCUCAGCAUGUGUAGCUAGACAUGAGUAAAGAGAACAGCAUGAGAAACUGUUAGUUCGCAUACCUCAGUUCAAACCUUUAGGGAAUGAGUAAAAGAAAAAUACAUUGCACUCAGUUGCACUUAGUUGUAUGUCUUGCAUGCUUAGUCUAAAGACUGUAGCAAAAAAUAAAAUAAAAAGAGAGAAAAAUUAGAUUUUACGUCUCUUGCGGGUAUCAUGGCCUCGCAGAAGAACAAACUGAAAAAAAAAAAUCUCAGGCUUUCUUUCCGUCAAGCAAACUUCACUCUGAUUUUUACCGUUCUGAUUCCGUAUCCCUUUGGGUACCCAGUUGCUUCUUUAGGGUGGGGUUUAUUAUGUUGUACAUAUAUAGCCCGCUGUGUCUGUGUGAGCCUUUGUCUUUUUUGGGGGAGGGCGGAGGGAGGUUCAUUUUUUAGAUAUUGUUCCUAAAAAGGAAUAAAUGCAUACACCUGUUUGUCAAAACACCUUUCUUUUUUUUGUGCAACUGCUUUAUAUUAACUAUACUAAAAAUAGCUUUGGAAAAAAAAAACCUACUGUAUGUAAUGGGAUUGCAGAGUGUGCUGCACAUGUAUUUCAUUUAGUUAUCCUUGCUUUAAGAAUAUUGGAUGACAUUUCCUGACAUGUGGGAGAAAAGCCCUGACCCUCCCCUCCCUCUCCCCCCUUUUUUUGGCUUUUAAAUUGUAACAUAGUUGAAAGAUUUUGUUUUGUGUUUUUUUUUUUCUGUUAUCAUUGAUUGAAGCAUUUUGUACAGUUGUUUUUGUGUGUGUGUGUAUUAAGCUGGGUUUUGUUUUUUUUUUUUUUUUUUUUAUACUUCCCCCCCUUCCCCCUCCCCUCUUGUGUUAUUCUACCACUGACAUUUCCGGCUGUCUUCAAUGAGUUCCUAACAUUUGAAAAGGAAAAAAAAAAAUGUUGUUGAAAAUGUUUUCUCCUGCUGCAGUAAAUAUUUUGCAUGAUGAAAGUCCAGGGUCACACUUUCAAAGUUUAUCAGUGAAGUAGUGAUUAUUAAUGGGGAGUGUCAAAAUAUUGAACUUUUGUAUAAAAAAAAAAAAAAACUUUACAAGGUGCCAAGAUGUAAAGACAAUUUGUUACAUGUUUUUUUUCUCAAAGAAAAGAGUACAUUUUGAAAGUAGUACCAUGUAUCAGGUAAACACGCUGUCAGGAAUGAGGGUCCAGCCUUCCUUGUCCCCAGAGUUUGUAAACGUGAAACCUGUUUGGUUUCUGCAUUUGACUAGCAGAAAAAAAUGAUGUAUCAAGGCUUAUGUAGAAUAAUUGUGACUGCCCAAGCUGGCUGUCACUUUUUUGAUGCUGACAUAGGAUGGUUCUUACCUAAUUCCCAAUGCUCUGUCUCAGAACUGCUAUGGGAUACCUCAGAUUUUCAAUCUAGAACUACUGUGCAAAUCACUAGAUAUUUUAAUCCAAAAAAAAAAAAAAAACUUUUUUAAGGGGGGGAGGGGGGAAACCGUGAGAAUUCUUGUAGUUUUCAGAUUACAGGUGAGCCCCAUUUCUUAAGAACACAAAAGACUGUGCAUAGAAUGGUUUUAAAUCUCUUUGGUACCUUUUAGUUAAUAACUUACACCGAGUUUUUGGGAUGUUUAGAAAAGAGUUUUAGCUUUCUUAUCUCAAGGAUCAAAUCGACAGCUCCAGUGGCAUUUCACGGGCCUGCCAUAGUUUAUAAAAUAUCUGCUACACAUAAGCCUUGAUGAAAAUGGUACAGUCCAGACUGUUAGCAUGGUGCUGUGUGUGUAUGUGCUGCCAGUAACGAGAUUUUUUUUGAUAAGGCAUAAAAGAAACUCAUUCCUUACAUCAACUGUAAUUCCAUCAUUCCAUGUCUGUUGAUACAGACAAUAAAAAAAUGUUGUGUAGUCAGUACUAAUUACUGACAUUAUAGCAUUCUCAAAUGCAAUAAAAAUGCUGGUUGUUCACACUGGU